CGGGAGUUCGUUCCUGCCACUGGCUGUGGACUCCCAGGUCACCCCUCCUGAUGACUGCAUCGUAGGAUAAGACCGUCAAGUUCUGGGAUAUUCGCAAUCCCCAGCCCGUGGUGAGCUUUGGACUGCCGGAGCGAUGCUUCGCUGCCCAUGUGCUAUAUCCGCUGGCCGUGGUGGCCUGUGCCGACCAGAACAUCAUCAGCUAUUCCCUGGAAAAUGGCCCCUUCGAACUGAGCCGCGAGGAUCUAACCAAGUCAUCCGAGCACCAAACCGACGGGCAGCAGGUCCGAGCGAUUGCCGUCUUCCAGAGUAACCAACGUCCCACCGGAUACGUCGCCGUCACCACAAAAGGUCUCAUGCAUGUGCGGAACAUCCCAGAUACCACCGAGAACCGAAAGAACUACGAUUUGACGUGCCAUCGCCAAUACAGUAGUGACGACUCCUCAUGUGACAUCUAUGCGGUGAACGAUGUGCGGGUGCAUCCCAUACACCAGAGCAUCGCCACCGUUGGUUCCGAUAAAAAAUUCAAUUUCUGGAAAAAAGGCGAGCGUUGCAAUAUCUACAGCAGUGCCGCGAUGGAUCAGACGAUCACAAAGUGCGCCAUCAGCGGUGAUGAGCAGCUCUUUGCCUAUGCCCUUGACCUGGUCCAUGGGACACGAGCACUGUGA